AUGGCCAAUUCCCCAAAGCUUUUCCUGUUUUUCUCCGUCUUGUUCCUCCUCUGCAUAUCAUCAUCAAAUUCAGCUCAAUCAUCACCAUCAUCAUGCUCAAAUUACAGAUUUCCGAACAACAAAAAAUUCAGCACAUGCAGUGAUCUUCCGUACCUUAACUCAGCCCUUCAUUGGACUUACAUCCCAUCUUCACAAACUCUCCAGGUUGCAUUCAGGCAAACAACAAUUUCACCCCAAAGAUGGGUUGCUUGGGCAAUCAAUCCCCGUCCUACACCAGGAAUGCUUGGAUCACAAGCCCUUAUAGCUUACCCGAAACCAGAUGGUACAAUGAGAGUUUACACAUCACCCGUAAAUAGUUAUCAGACCGGAUUGAAAGAAGGUGACCUAAGUUUCCCUGUUUCGGAUCUAUCCGCUACGUAUUCCAACAGCGAAAUCACCAUAUUUGCCACAUUGAUGCUUCAUAACAUCAGCACAACCGUGAAUCAGGUGUGGCAGGAAGGUCCGCUUACGCCGAGCGGUACCCCUGGAAUGCACCCCUUAACAGGGCCGAAUAUGAAGUCCAUGGGAACCCUGGACUUGCUUUCUGGAGAAUCAAAGGGAUCCUCCUCAGGUGGUGCUGGAAUUUCCUCCAGGAUGAAGAUGAAAUAUUCUCACGGUUUCCUGAAUACAAUAGGAUGGGGGAUUUUGAUUCCAUUGGGUGCUAUAAUUGCAAGAUAUGUUAAAUUGUACCCUUCUGCUGAUCCUGCUUGGUUUUAUCUCCACAUUGGUUGCCAAGUAUCUGCAUUCCUUAUCGGGGCGGUUGGAUUUUUCACCGGCAUUUCGCUUGGGAAAAAAUCCCCUGGAAUCACUCACACUGCCCACAUGGUCAUUGGAAGUCUAAUCUUUGGUCUCGCAACUGUUCAAAUCUUGGCUGCUUCGUUUCUCAGGCCAAAGAAGGAUCACAAGUUGAGGGUUUACUGGAAUAUCGGACAUUACUCGGUUGGAUACACGAUUCUCAUCCUCGGAAUCAUCAACAAUUUCAAGGGAUUGCAUAUACUAAGUCCUGGGAAGAAGUGGGAAAAAGCUUACAUUGCGGUUCUGGUCACCUUGGGAGCUAUUGCUUUGUUUUUGGAAGUCGUCAACAGAAUCGUUGUUUUCAGGAGGAAGAGGAGAUCUCUCAAAGCCGAUGCCAAUACCGGGGAGGUCAAUGGGACUAAUGGAGUCUAA